CACCGGCAACCCGAUCCCCUCCCGCGGCACGGGGGCCGCUCUUUCCCCUGGAGCCGGAGCGGGGGGCCCCGAGCCGAGGGCCGAGCCCGGGGCUGCUGCCGAGCCCGGGGCGCAUUGCCGCCCGCAUGGCGCUGCUGCUGCUGGGGGCCGUGCUGCUGGCGGCGGGCGCUGCCCCGGCCCCGGCCGUGCCCCCGGCCAUGCCCGCGCCCCGGGAGCUGGCGCGCUCCGUGCUGGAGACGCACGGGCAGGAGCUGCGGCUGCUGCGGCUGCUCGGAGUGGCCAGGACGAGCUUCGACUGGGGGACCCACUUCAGCAUCAACUUCACGGCCCGGCAGCCGCCCUGCCCCAAGCCCGCCCCGGACCCCCGCGGCUGCCGGGGCCGCCCGGGCAGGGUGCAGCGCUGCUCGGCCCAGGUGUCCGUGUUCACCUUCCUGCCCGACGUGCCGCUGUCGAUGGUGGAGUGCGGCCGGGAGCCGCAGCCCGGUGACAGCGCCCAGCCCCGCUCCCCUGGCACCAGCGCAGGUCACUCAUCCUCCUCAUCAUCCUCAUCAUCCUCGGGGCCGCCCCCGCGGCCUCGCCCCCCUCCCAGCGCGUCCCUGCAGGGACCGUCCCGCCGCCCCCUGUCCCCAGCGGAGCUGCAGACAUAAAAUAAAGAGAUUUCGGGGUCGGACGUGUGCGUGUGUGGGGGUG